AUGAAUAUAAUUAGAAAAGUUUUUUAUCCAAAUAUUGUCCCCAAAAUAAAAAAUCAUAUUGCAGGAUGCAACAUUAACAAUAAUAUAAAAAAGGCAUUCGUGUCAGACACAGGCCUCUUAUCUAUUCAUUUUUGGGCACCAACCUUUAAAUGGUCAAUAUCUCUAGCAAACAUUGUUGAUAUAAAUAGAGAUCCUAAACUUUUAUCUCUUCCACAACAAUUUGCCAUAGGAUUAACUGGAUUGUUAUUUAGCAGAUUUGCAUACGUCAUUAAACCAAGGAAUAUGAAUUUACUUACAAUUAACAUAUUUAUGAGUAUAACAGCUAUGUAUCAAAUUACGCGUAUUGCCCUAUAUAAAUAUAACAACACAAACAGCGAGAAGGAAAUUAAAGAGUAA